CUUCCGCCCUCCAAGCUGUUGUCGUCCCUGCUCGGUGGCGGUGCUGGGUGAGGGGGUUGCGUGCGGAAAUUCAGUCAUGAAGUCCGGGUAGGGACUUCUCCCGCAGCUCGGUGACCGCGAGCCUGGGUUCCGGGGCCGGACUUCCAGGUGAUUUUACAAGAUGCUGCUCUCCAUAGGGAUGCUCAUGCUGUCUGCCACACAAGUCUACACCAUCUUGACUGUUCAACUCUUUGCAUUCCUAAACCUACUGCCUGUAGAAGCAGACAUUUUAGCAUUUAAUUUUGAAAAUGUAUCUCAGACAUUUGAGGAUCUUCCAGCCAGAUUUGGUUAUAGACUGCCAACUGAAGGUUUAAAGGGUUUUCUGAUUAACUCAAAACCAGAGAAUGCUUGUGAACCCAUAGUGCCUCCACCACUAAAAGACAAUUCAUCUGGCACUUUCAUCGUGUUGAUUAGAAGACUAGAUUGUAAUUUUGAUAUAAAGGUUUUAAAUGCACAGAGAGCAGGAUACAAAGCAGCCAUAGUUCACAAUGUUGAUUCUGAUGACCUCAUUAGCAUGGGAUCCAACGACAUUGAUGUGUUAAAGAAAAUUGACAUUCCAUCUGUCUUUAUUGGAGAAUCAUCAGCUAAUUCCUUGAAAGAUGAAUUCACAUAUGAAAAAGGGGGCCACAUUCUCUUAGUUCCAGAACUGAGUCUUCCUCUGGAAUACUAUUUAAUUCCUUUCCUCAUCAUAGUGGGCAUCUGCCUCAUCCUGAUAGUCAUUUUUAUGAUCACAAAAUUUAUCCAGGAUAGACAUAGAGCUAGAAGAAACAGACUUCGUAAAGAUCAACUUAAAAAACUCCCUGUACACAAAUUCAAGAAAGCAGACUCAAGUGUGGUUCCCAGCAACCAUGUCGAGCAGCUCUCAACAGCCUCUAACUCCAGCUCCAGGGGAUCCGACACCCUCUUCUGAGCUCCAGGGGAUCUGACACCCUCUUCUGAUCUCCGUGGGCACCCACACACACGGCAUGCACACACAGACAGACAAAUAUACACUAGUUAAUUUGAAACCUGUAAAACCGUGUCAGCAUUUUUCAUGGGUCACUAACCUUUAGAGACAGGAUAAUUUUCCUACUGUGUUGACCUUCAGUUGUAGCUAUCUCAGAAAUGUGUGUACUGAUUAAUACUUAAGUGAUCUUUUGGUAGCACAUGAAGUCAUGUACUCUUGCUUCAGAAGCAGCUAGCUUCCUGCACAUUUCAUUAUUCAUUAUUGUCCUCUGAAUAGUCCAUUAAAAACUGUGGAGCUUAUUUCAAUGAAUGCAUUUCUCUAAAUGUAAGAACUAGUUACUGCCAGGCAUGGUGGCACACACCUUUAAUCCCAGCACUUGGGAGGCAGAGGCAGGCAGAUCUCUGAGUCUGAGGCCAUCCUGGUCUACAUAUCAAGUUCCAGGCCAGCUGUGGCUACAGAGAACUACUUACUGUAUUUCCUAGCAGAUGCAAAAUGCUUAGGACAUUCCUUUGUACUUAUUUAACAGUCCCCUACUAAGCAUUUAAGGCAGUCAGUCUCUUUAGGAGCUGUCUUCUGCACCCCAUCGAUAUGAAAUAGUUUCCUAAAGUAAAAAUAAACUGUACCUGACACUGUAAUUUACCAGGCACUUAGAACUAACUUUAGCUUAACCAGAUAGCAGAGAUAGGAGAAAUAGUUUUACCACAGAGACCAGAAAAAAAGCAAUAGAGCAUUUUGUAGAUUACAUUUAAAAUGGAAUACUUAGUUUUAUAAUUCUUACAACUUUAACUUAGUUAUUAUGAAGAAAAAAAAUUUUUUUUUGAGACAAGUUCUCCUUGUUAGCCCCAGCUGGCCUGGAUCUCACAGAACUCUGGCUGCCUCUUGACUCCUGAUUACUGGGAGUGUAUACCACCACUCCCGGCUCAGGAAUAUUUAAUUUUUUUAAACUACACUUAACUGUCUUUAAUCUAGUCUUAAGCGUAACUGGUUGCUCUGCCCAAAGCUCAGAAAUAAUCAAGGUGGAUUCUUGAGCAAACUUGGCAUUAAAAGCAUUUUAUCGUAUUGACUUGUUUAAAUUUCUUGGAAAAUGGUAUCAAGAAGGGGAAAAUAGAAGGUGAAUUUUUUUGCUAGAAAAAAGCUACUUAACACUGGCAGAUGGAGUGGGAAAGUGGUGAGACGUUUUAUCAAAGACAAUGUGUGUUUUAAAGCUCACAAAUCCAUCAUCCCUAGCCAUAUUAUUUGUAAUUAAAUCAUCUUAGGAAAUCUGUACUUACUCAGUCCUUUGCAUGCUCAAUCUUGUUUAUCUUUUACUUUGAGAAAAUCUAGUCUUAGUUGUUGUAAGGCCUAGUUAUAAAACCGAACAAUAAAGCUCUGCAUCAAUCUGUCUGCA